UUCUCCUCCUUAGCUCCUCUGUGGAAAUAUUCCAACAAAAUAAAAGAAGAAUACAUAGAGAAGAGAGAAGAAGAAUGAUAAACAUCAUCUUUACAAGCUUUUCGAUUUCUCAUAUACAACACUAUGUGUUAGCAUUGUUAUUCUUGUCGGCUUUUGUCGAAGGGGCAUCAACAAAUGCAGAGGUGAAGCGAUUUCCAGGGUUCGAUGGCCAACUACCUUCAAAACACUAUGCCGGGUAUAUAACUGUGGGUAAUCAAGCUGAUGAAAGACACCUAUAUUAUUAUUUUGCUUCCUCAGAAAGAAAUCCUUUAGAAGAUCCACUUACAAUAUGGAUAAAUGGUGGUCCUGGUUGUGCAGGAAUAGGUGCACUUGUACAAUUAGUUGGUCCGUUCAAGAUAGACUAUAAUCAAUUUCAUAUUAAAGGACAAGCAAAACUCAAACAAAAUCCUUUUUCGUGGACUAAGGUAUCCAGUGUUCUUUUCGUGGAUUCUCCAGUGGGAGUUGGAUAUUCUUAUGCUGACACUAGCGAAGGCUAUGUUACAAACGAUUCUGAUACAAUUUCAGAUUUGUAUGAAUUUGUUAUAAAGUGGUUUUCUGAGUAUCCUGAGUUCCUUCCAAAUCCUUUAUAUUUGGCUGCAUGCUCCUAUAGUGGUGUGAUAGUACCGGUACUAGCGCAGGAGAUAGUAAACGGAAUUGAAGCUGGGCGAGGACCAACAAUAAAUUUUAAGGGUUACUCGUUAGGCAAUGCUGCUAAUGAUAUAGAUGUGGAAAACAAUGCUAUGGUACCUUAUGCAUAUCGGGUGGGAUUGAUUUCGGAUGAAUUAUACAAGGAUCUGGUUGAUUCUUGCAAUGGAAAGUAUUGGGACAAAAGCCACCCUGAUUGCCAGAAGAACUUGGAGAUAUUUCAGACGCAUAUUGAAGGCAUGAAUAAAGAGCAUAUUCUUUUCCUACCCUGCCAUUUUCAAAUGGGACUCAGCCUGGAAGAUAGUCAAUAUGAAAAUAUCAGGAUGUAUGAGAACCUAGAAGGCAGAACUGAGUAUAGCAUAUAUUGCCAUAUCUAUGAACUAAUUCCAGAAAGACUGUUUGAUGCUGAAGACUCCAGGCAAGCUUUGCAUGCAAUGCCGGUUGCGGUGUCUGGACCAUGGAAAAGGUGCACAAAGAGAAUAAGAUAUGAGAGGAACAUCUUAAGUUUGACACCAUACCAUUUGAACCUCACAAUGAAAGGUUAUAGAGCUUUCUUUUAUAGCGGGGAUCAUGAUAUGGUUAUGCCAUACACUGCAACCCUUCAAUGGAUUAGAACAUUCAACUAUUCCGUGAUUGAGAAAUGGCAUCCAUGGUUUGUUGAGAACCAGAUAGCAGGGUAUGCAAUUAGGUUUGAUCACAAUCUAUUAUUUGCUACAUUCAAGGGUGCUGGCCAUACAGUGACUGAAUACAUGCCUCGUGAAGCAUUAAUUGCUUAUCAGAAGUGGAUUGAUGGAGCUGAAUCUCUCUAGUGGCUUGUUACACAUAGUGGUUAUGCAGGCAUAAUACCAGCAAUUAUUGUUAUUAUUGCUGCUACUUCUUCUUCAACCAAUUCUCUCUAGUAGCAUGUUACAUAUUGUGGUUUUGCGAGCAAGAGUCCCAGUUGUUACAAUUAUUGUUGUUAUUGUUGUUUCUGCAUCAUCUUCAUCAUCAAACUGAUUUGUUUAUGGGACCACUCUUUUGAGGAGUGUUGAACCAAAUGUUGGAGAUAAGUCCAGUUGGUUGCUAGGCAGCAACAAUUGAAUGACAUACAAGCUGGAAUGUUUUUUGUUUUGAUGAGAAGA